AUGGCAACCUCCCUCGCCGACCUGUUCAGCGACAACUCGCCUCCGCGCCCGGUCCCGCGCGCGCGCAGCGUCACCCCCACAUCCCCCGGCGGCGCAGGCGGCGGCCAGCGGCGCGCAAACCACAACCCGCUGUUCCUCUCGCCCAGCGCGAGCGUGUACUCGCCCCAACGACCGCGGCGUACGCGGUACGGCGACGACGAUGACGAUAACGAGGACGGAGGCAACGAAUAUGAUCUGGGGUUGCGCCGGUCACGUUCUGCCUCGCCUUCGCGCCAUGCCUCUGGUUCUGGCUCUGGCUCUGGUGCUGGCCGCUCGCGCCCCGGUCCGCGCACCCGCUCGCCGUCGCCCACCCUCGACCCGCUCAACCUCGCCGCGCUGGCCGAGCGUGCGGGCUCGGACGUGCGUAUUGACCCGCGCGCCGCGCUGCGUAGCCUCGACGAUCCGUUUUCCGUGCAGGAUCCCUUUGGGCUGGGCGGGGGCACGGGCGUGAUGGUCGACGGCGGCGGCGGGGUCGGCGUCGGUGACGAACCGGGUACCAAGGUGCGCAUCCCGCGCGCCAAGGUCGACGCCGAGCGGCUGCUGGGACCCAAGGGCAUGCCGGCGCUCAUGGGCGUGGCGAAGAAGUGGAAGCCGCGGGGAAAGGGACACGAGGUUAAAGACCUCAACCGCCUCCUGGACGUGUACCAGAUGUGGGCGCACAGCAUGUUCCCGCGCGGCGAGUUCCUACAGACCAUGCAGAGGGUGGAGACUGUGUGCCGCACGCGGCGGAUGAUGUCUGCAAUCCACGGCCUCCGCGACGCGUUUGAAGGCAACGACCGCCCGCGCACCGUCGACGACCUGGACCCAGAGGACAGGAUCAUGGACGACCACUACGCCACCAACAACUAUGACGACAACCUCGACCUCGACGAGGACGACGAGGCCGCGCUGGCAGCUGCCGAGGCGGACGCUUAUGCCAACGCCAAUGGAAACGGCAACGAUACACACGCCAGCGCCAGUAGGCAGGCGCUCUUCGACCCGGCGCCCGACGCGGACGAGCCCGACUGGGACGAGAUGGCCGCCAUGGAGGAGAUGGAGCGCGAGGCUGCUGGCGCCGCGGACGCUCCGCCUCCAGCCCCAGCUGCGGCAGCUGAUGCGCCGCCUGUGCUCGAGGAGGACCCGUGGGAGGGUCUCUACGACUAA